UCACUGGUCAACUCGACAAUAUUACGUCAUACGAUACGAUACACAUUUGCAUGGUUGCAUGUAUACCAAGUAUUUGAUAUUUCAACAAUUAAGAUGUGAUUGUGAUGCAGAAUGUAGUUGAAACUAAAGAAAAGAAAGAAAAAGUUUGAAGAAUGGAUUCAUAUCAAACCUUUAUAGACAUAUUCAAACAGGCUGCAUCUCACCAAUAUUUUAAAGAUUUGCCAAAUAUCCUUAAAGAUGGUCAGCAAUAUCUCAAGCUUGUUUCACUCGAACAUUUUGAAUCAGUUGUGUGCAGUAUAUUUGACGAAAGAGAUGGAUUGCUGUGGUUUCUCAAUCACGUAAUCAAAAAAUACCAGGUUAUAAAACGGGUUGUUGACAAUACACUAAAAGAAGCAUUUAAUUUUCUUGAAUUUUUUAUUAUCCAUUUUUAUAUUACCCCAUGUUUUGUGCAAUAUAUUCAAAAAAUUAAGUAUGUGUGUCAGAUAGUAUUGAAAAAAAAAAAUUGCAAUUAUUAUAUUAAAAAAGCUGCUUGUAAUGUUUUUACAAAAUUGAUAGAAUUAUUCAAGGAUCAUGACUUGAAACUUGUCGAUACAAUUAAUGAAUUUAAAACUGAUGAACAAUUUGCUUUGUAUAGGACAGAAGAAAAAAGAUUCAUAUUCUGCAUUGUCAGUAAGAUAAUGAAGUACAAUAAAAAUAUUUAUUCGCAGACAUUUUUAAAUAUUACUUUGAAACGACUAAAUAACUCUGCAUCUAAUGAGUAUAAUGACAUUAUCAAACAACCCAAAACACACAAAAAUGAUUUCCAUUUAUAUUUUGAUGCUCUCGCUGACAUGUUGGAUAGUGUGGAAUCACCAGACACAGUAAGGAAGAUGACAGUUUUUCACAAUUCGUAUGAGUGGAUUAAAUAUUUCAGCCAAACAAGUAGUCAGCAAAAAAAGAGAACAAUAAUGAAAUCAGCAAUCGAUCUUCUAUGUCGCCAUAUGGAUCUAUUUCGAGACUUGCUAUAUCCUGAUUACAAGUACUGGCACAACUUCCUUCAGCGCUUAUCAUCUGAAACAACCAUGUAUGGUAAUAGCGGACGGAGUGCAUUGAAAAAAUUUUAUCAAGUUAUUGGACAAAUUCUUACAAAUCAAAAUAGCGAAGAGAAUGAUUAUAAUGAUAUAUUAGUGUAUUUUUUGCAGUAUUUUGAAAAAAAAUUCAGAGAUUCUAACUUAGAUUUAAUCACACCACGAUUAAUCGCUUAUGGCUUCAGUCAAAUGGCUGCGCCAUGCAAAGUGCAUAUGUCUGAUUUCAAAAUAAGAUCUAUGUAUUCUAUUACAACCAGUUAUGCACUUCCUCUUUGUUCCAGCGAGUAUAGUCAUUCAACGCACAUAGAGAGCAUUUGUUGUUAUCAGGAAGCGCUCUCAGAAAUACUGUGUCACAUGACUGAUGUUACAAUGGAACAAGUUAACAUUCUCGUAAAGCUUAGUGCUUACACGAUUAAGAGAUUCCCCGAUUUAACAAAAUCUAACAACGCUCUCGCGGUUUUAACAUUAAUUAAAACUAUUAGUAACCUUGCGACCGUCAAUAAAAGUCUGCUACAGCGAUACCUCGACAGUAUAGUUUACGACGGUGUCGCCUGGAGUUGCUCGCACACAUUGGCGCUCGAUGCGGAGUUGCAACAGGAGCUGAACGAUCUGAAACAGAUGCCAGUAUGCUACAAGAAUUAUCUGCCAUUGUGGACGGGGCUGCUGAAUGCCGAGAGAUAUGCCAACGAGCAACUGGCGCAAUUGGUAGCUAAUACUAUGAUGGAUGUGUGCAUUACAUUAAUUAAUCGACUUAACAUAAACGUGAAACGAACGAACGAGGACACUGUAUUGUCAGAUGUGGCUUUUACUCAAAGCGCUGUGAAUCAAGCGGACUUUCGCGUAUUUGCAAAUCUCGUGGACUUGUACGUCGACAUGAUCAAUGCUACAGAGCUAUCACUGUUUGUCAACACCGUGCACAGAUUUCUUUACGAAAUUGUCCGAUUGUCAUACAAGUAUCCGCUGAUAUCUGGCUUCUACAAAUUAAUUCGGGUCGGUAUGAAAAUCUUUGCUCAUACAUUAGAGGAGGAGGAGAAGGGGGAGGAAGAAGAAGAAGAGAAAAGCUUAGAAUCGCAGCAGAUGGAGGAAAUUUUAUCUAAUUACUUGUGGCACAGUCUCGACCUAAUCCCUGGAUUUUCCAACGAGCUACUGAUCGCAUGUCUCUACUUAAUCCUGGACGCGCCUUUCGUACAUGUCAAAAACUUAUUACCGCGCACAUUGCCAGUAUUUAAGAUGGCGUUUACUAUCGGUCUGAGUAACUUAGACCUUGCAUACACUGCACUUACUACUUUGGAGACAUGGACGACGACGAUGACAACAACGACACAUAAACGAAAUGAGCAAACGAACGAACUCGUGCGCGAAAUCAUCGUCUAUCUGGAACCAUAUUUGCGUAGCACGGAGAGCUCCGUUGAAAUCUCGCAGGACUUAACAACGACGAACAAACGCGUGAAGCGCAUUGAUGUGAUUGACACCGAGUGUACGUUGCAAAAUUUCCAACGACGAGUUCUGCUGUUUCUCGGAUCUCUUGAUCACGAUUUGCUGACGAGUUUUGUACACGAGCGCGCUUCCCGCAGCACCGGGGCAUCCUGGAAUCACAAAGAUCUGCUCAAGUACAAAUUACCGUUGCCAGAUGCGCGACUGAACAUCCACUUCGACCGAAUGCUACCGCGAAUAAUUGCACUAGCAUGCGACUCCAGCGAUCGACGCACCAAGAUCGCAGCUUGCGAGGUUCUGCACUCGAUAACAGCCUAUGCCAUCGGCUUCACUGCACGGUACCUGACCGAUCCAGAGAAUCGUGAUAAACCUAUCACUCUCUACAGCACUUUGUGCAAAGCUGUGGUGACCCUUGGCUGCGACUCAGACGAAGUCGUGUGCGGUCUUUUUCAUCCAUUGGCGUUGCAAUUGAUGCACUGGUUAAGCUCCAGGCGCAUGCCAAUGUCACCAGUGAUCGACUUGUUGUUCGACGGUUUGACCGACGACUCAAAUCCCGCUUUGCGCGAGUUCUCCGGCAUGUGUCUAGCAGAAUUUACACGCUGGUCCAUCAGACAAAACACAUUUUCUGAACACAUAAAAGAGAUUAUCGAGAGAAUCAACAAUCUUGCAUUGCAUCCGUUGACGCGUAAACGCAUAGCCGCAGCUAUAGCCUUUAAUCAUCUCUACAUGAUUCUACGCGAAGAUGAUGACACGAUAUCAAUCUAUUGGCUGGAGAUAUUCUACUCUUUCGUCUGUAGUUUGGAUGGAUGUAACGAUUUAUCAAUAACAAAUGCGCUGUCCCAUAUUAAGAGAGUAAUGAAAGUUAAGGCAAAUCUUCUGAAUACUCUCAAUUCAUCCAAACGUCGAAAGCCGCACGAAUUUGACAACGCGACCCUGACUUAUGCUCUGUAUUGGUUGUUGUCGCAAUGCGGGACCUACGACGAGCAUUGCCGUGCGAAAUGCAUGGAGCUGUACGUAAAUAUAUCGCAGGACAUCGGCAGUUACGCGCAAGAGACGACGCAGAAUUUCGUUCAAAUUUAUGGGAUAAAUCGACUGAAUGAUAUCAUUUUAAAAGGCUUAGAAUCAGGCAUAAAGGAUAUUUCCUUAGCUAGUAAUGUGACGCCACUAUUAAAAGCUUUAGACUAUUACAUGUGGUUGAUAAACAAGAAAUUAUUGCCGAUAGAAAUGCUCUUUCUUGAUGUGGACAAGCAAAUUAUCUUUUUUUGUAUUCGCAGUUUUGCUUGUCAAUUCUGGCAAAUAAUUACGGAAUCUUCGGCGGAAACAGCUGCGACAACAAUAAAAUCUAGAGAACUCGAACAAUUGCAAGUGUUACACUGCAGAGUUCUGAUGACUACGUUGAACUUUAUACAAGUGCUAUUGGAUGUCAAUAUUAUUCUACCAGAAUCCUUAUGGGACGAACCGUUGUCCGCUUUAACAAUGAAAUCUAUAAUGAAUCCGCGAACGGUUGGUUUUGAUGUGAAGAAUAUCCAGAUGACAGAUAAAUUGCCACAUGUCUUGGAAACCCUGUUAAACUCUAUGAGAUCAAAGUACAGCUAUGCUCUGCCAGAUACAUUUACGAAGUGUCUUGUAAAUUCUGUUCGAGAACACGUUAUAAAGCUUCUUAAUUUGUGCGACAUCGUAGAGAAUGAUUCUUGCGACGAUCUGAUCCAACACGUUAACGGUUUGAGUCUGCUAAAGCGAUGCGAUAUUCUCGAUCAAACAAUUUUAGAAACGAACGGUUUUGCGAAUGCUGAGCAUAUGGUCGAUCAAAUUUUUAGAUUUUUAGUAAGCGAACGCAUCGGAGAGUUGGUCUGCAGAGACUUGAGUAUGCGAAUGAUUGAGUAUUUGCGUGCUUUGAUGGAAUUUCAAUUUUCGCUACUCUCGUCGACAAUAAUUGGAAACAUUCUGUCGCUGACUAAGAAACUGGAGGAAUUAAUAAUCAAUGAUACCCCGGUAACUAGCGUAGACUGCACGAUCAUUAAAUACGGCGAACAUUUUCUGAAUACGUUUGAAAGUGUAAUCUUUAAAUACAUGUUGACACAUGAGCGCAUGAUCACGGUUGUCUGCAACGAUAUGUGGCGCGACAAUUCGUCUUUCUUGUUGAAAUGGAUCGAGGAUUUAUUGUUAUUUUUGAGACAGCAUAAGCGCGAGCUUCAGGCUCACGUAAACACCACAGUCGACAUAAUUUUGCAGCAAUUCACUUGUUUGAACAACGCCGUCUUUAACGUGGAUAGUCGUAAAGAGAGACUAUUGAAUAUCUACAGCAACGCGGUACAUCUGAAAUCAAAGCCCACGGAGGCCACGCAGAAUCACGAAUUCUACCAAUGGAUUCGAGAUCAGUUAAUGAACAAUAAUGAUCUUGAGUACAAAAUCAAGAUUCUUAAGAACUUCUUUGUCUGCUUGACAGAUGUGACGGAUCCCGACUUGCAAAUGAACUUACAGAUCCUAAAGAUCAACAGGCGGUCCUUAUGCUCUGAUCUGUCUGAGACAAGUGUGAACGCUAUGAAAGUGAUCGACUGCUUCGAGACAUUGCUAGUACUGCUAUCGACGACCAAGUCUAUGAUAAUGCUCAAGUGCGUGAUACAUUUUGCCGCCGGUGCUGGCAAUCGUCUCAUUAACGAAAAACUAGAGGAGCAUCUACGCCAAUAUUAUUACGGAGCAUCCCUUGAGCACGUUUUAGAAUCGCUACAGCUGACCUACGAUGCAUUCAUGGAAACGAACACUACCAGUGAAACAGAAAGACUCGACAUUCUACGCGAAUUUCUUUUGCCGGCAUUCAAGUUUUGCAACGCAAUCGCAAUCGAACGUUUUUUCAAGAAAAAUAUUCUAGAUCUGAAAAAGAUGAUGACCAAAAAUAUUGAUUGUAACGAUGAUGCAAUCAAACAGAUAAUCGUAUCGAAGAUUGGAUGUUUUCAGUUGAUAGCGAUUAUGUUCGCCAGGGUGGACGAGAACAAAAUAGAUGCGAAUGGAACAAUCGCGCAGAACGAACUGGAUCAAAUCCUGAUCGAUAGAAAUCAUUAUCGAGAGCUGUUCAACAACACUCUAAAUACACAAUCCCCCUUGAAGAUAACGCGAAUACCAGGAUGCCAGAAGCUUGUACGUCUGCUACACUGUUGUGCGUACAAUUGCUUGUUGGCAAUCUUGAGCCUAAAAAAGGAAGAGUAUUUCUAUAACUUUGCAUUUGGCAACGAUAACAAGAGAGGACUUGUUAUCUUGAAGAAUAUCGUAGACUGUGACACACAAUACGAGCUUGAUCAGACCUUCAAGGAGUAUCCAAAGACUCGCGAGAUCAUCGUCAAUAUCAGAACCACAGAAGUCGAUAGGGGUGGACGACAGACGCACAGAUAUGCUUAUGUUCACAGCUAUGAUCUGUCGGCUUGCACAUUGAGCGAAGAUAUUAAUGCUUACGAUCUCAACAAAUGCGUCGUAUUGCCGGCCAAUUUUCAUCGUUCCAUCUCAACGACGAAUUCUGACGAUUCGCUUCGCACACAUAAUGCGACAAGCAUCGCCUUAAAUAGCAACGAUUUUAACGAACACGAGUGUAUGCCGUACAUUUGCGUUCUAUUGCGACACAUCAGAAAGAUAUUCAGAUUGAGCGACAAAGAGCCCGAAUGGCUCAGACUUUUCCUCGAAAUCAUGCAGUGUGAUAAUCAGAAUAUUCAGCUGUUUAUGUUGAAGAUCAUUUCAAACACAGCGGACGAGGUAUUUAAACCUUACGCCAGAUUUGCGUUAACGCAGAUUAUCAAGACCGUCACCAAAUAUUUGCAGCGACAUAAUUUGAACUACAUCAUCACGGAUAUUCUAGAGAUAUUAAUGGAUUGGUACGACGUAGCUGUGCCAAGCAGCGAAGAUGGCAAAGCGGCGGCACAAAGACUCUUUGAGGUGCUCAUCAACAAGGUAUUGAUGAAAUCCGAUAACCAUCGCGUAGACAAGUACAAUCUUGGCUUGAUGAAAACUAUGGUGGAGAAGUGGCGCAACUACCUACGAGUGCCGAGCGAUUUCUUAAAUCAGAAAAUAAUAUCUGCCGAUACAACUGUAAUGUAUCUCAUUUUGGUUCUUCUUGAUAACGACAUGGCAGAGGAGAUCAUCGUUAGAAACGACAUCGUUGACUUCCUGCUGAAGCCGUUGAGUGUCUGGGAUACAUCCAACAAAGACGAGCUGCCUUUACAAUGCUGCGAGUGUCUCGGUUUGUACUUACGUUCUCUGGACAAUGGCACACACCACGAGACUGAAAGAGAGAACAAAAAGUAUGAAGUGAAGCAAAAGAUUUUUACUAUCCUUGGUUUUGUAAAACCAGGUCACACGAUAAAGCAAAUAAAACGCAUCGCUGUUCUUUGUCGAACUUAUCCCGAAGUAGCCUUGGAUUACAUCAAUGUUACGAUCUCUGCUAAUGACCUAGCGAGAUCCUACUGCCUGGAGAUAUUUAUGUUGGCAAUAUCGAGAUUUAGCACGGAGGAACUCGUGAAUAAUCUGCGCCGCAUGGAGCUACAGAGGAUCCUGACUAAUCGAGAGUCGUCCUGCGAAAAGAUGGCAUUGAGAAUUGUUCGCGACAUCGUAACGACUGUCGUGCCGACGGAUCUGUUGCCCUAUGUGAAUCUUGUCAUCCCAUACGUUAAGGAUAGUAUCACAGAGUACCGGGAACUAGUUUAUGACAUACUAAUGAAAAUUUACAAGAGAUACUCGACGGACAUUACGGCGGACGAUGACGUAAUCGUACAAAAUCUGUUGUCCAUCAGUGUGCAAAACUUACUAGUCGGUCUAUUAGACCCGUCUCACGAUCUGCAAGACAAAAUACUGAAGUUCUGGACGGAGGAGACAAGUCUAAGCACGGAAAAAUCGAAGGACCGGUUGAUUGCGCUUCUAGCUAUGCAUUCGCAAGUGACAACGGAGGUGGAUGCGUUCGCAACCUUUGUCGCGCUGAUGAUGUUACAGUUGACUACCAAAUCGAUAGAUUAUACCAGUAAGAUGUUCGACGCGCCUCUGCAGGACAGCUGUAUCUUCGAGAAAUACAAGAUACCCGUUUCCUGGCGUAGACGAAAUCUGAGUUGUAUAACGCCGAUGUUCGUUGACUCACUUGCCUCUCAGUUAAGUUACAGCAGCUUCUCGCAGAGCGUCGAUUAUAACGACUUAUAUGGGACCUGCCUGACUCCUACGUUCUCCUAUCCACGUCUCUUACACGGAGGUCUGAAAUUACGUGCAACGCAAGAUCUGCAGUUUGAGCCAACUCUUGACGAUGAUAAUGCUGCGGAUGUAGGCACGACAUUUAAUAUUUUAUCGUAUGAUAUUGGAUUCGAUCGAACAACAAUCCAGUCCACAUCGAGACAAUCGCUGCAGGUCGCGCCGAGGCAGAAAAGAUUCACUAGGAUUUUGGCGAAUACGUCGGAUGUCGCAAAUAUUUACCGCAACGAACAAAUACGAAAGAACGAACAACGAACAGAAAGAAUUAAGCAGGAGAAUGCAAGGCAGAGAAGCAGCGUGAAAUUGUACAGAGAUUACAGGAUUGGAGAUUUUCCUGAUAUCGAGAUAUCUAAUGCGAGUUUGAUUGUACCGCUUCAACAGUUGAUCAAAUUGGAUCGGUUGAUCUGCAAAGACGUGACCGUGGCUUUGUUCUAUUCAUUAAUCAAGGAAACAAUUGAGAGGGAAAAGUCUGAUGAUUUCCGUCUAACUAUCGUAGAGAAUCUGAAGCAAAUCCUGCACAAGUCGUGUGAAAGAGACAGCUCUUUCAACGCUGUUAUUUUAGAGACAUUGCUACUACUGAGUCGAGACGCUGCUAUAGUUGCCGAUUGUGAUCCACGAGACCUAGUGAAGGCAUCAAAGGCGAAUCACUUGAAUACUCUCGGCGCUCUUCUCGUGGAACGUAGUUUACUGCCUCAUGUGCAAGAGGACAACUUAUCACCCACAACGAGCAAGAAAAUGCGAAUGAGUGACAAUUACAUUUGCAACGAGGAGACCAGUAAGUGGUCGCAAUUGGCGUCUCUAUAUAAAUCGCUAAACGACGUCGACAUCGUUUUAAGCAUCUUUCGAGGACGACAAUUUUUCGGCCAGGACGUACAGGAAGCGGCUCUCGCGGAGGUAGACGGCGAUUGGAUUCGAGCGAAGAACGCGUUCACGAAUGCUUAUGAACGAACAGAGGAUCCAUUAAUAAAAGAACACUGUCUACGAGGGUUACUUGAGGCCGCAAACAAUUUGUGUGACUGGUCGGCGAUUGAUCGGCUUGUGAAGGAUCGUGCGGGAAAUGGGGACUUAAACAAUAUCUGGAAUGACACAUGGAGGGACUGGAUAAUUCCAUAUGCUUGCGACGCUUAUCUAUAUGCGUCAGAAGAAAAAAACUGGGAUUCGAAUAAUGAUUUAGAAGUUAUCCAAUCAUGGAUAUACGAUCGAGACAAAUUACAGACCCUUAUGCCCGUGACAGGCGAAAGUCUGGUAAUAUUUCUGCUGAAGAAGGAUAUAAAAAAGGCAACCGAUUUGUUAAAUAAGCUUUUGGACAUGACGGGAAAGCAAUGGGUCGAGUUGAGCCCUCUCUGUAUCGAGCUGGGAAUAUGCAAAUUAUUCAAGUUGCAAAUCAUGAAUGAUCUGGACGCUUCGCUCAAGAUUCUUCGAUGCACGAAGAAAACGGAUUAUCUGAACAAAACAGUGUCGAAAGCGCUAUUUAAUUUUUGGUCGAUGAAAACUCCCACAAUUCGAGACAAUCUUAUACAGUGGAACAAAUUGGCUGCCUACCGAGCAUACUCCUCGAUGUUGUUUUAUGAUAGUUGCCAAAAACAGAAAACCAAAAGACGAUUGUUUCAAAUUAAUUAUCAGCUUCGAUUAGAUAUCGUGGAUGCCGCAUUAAAUCAAAAACAACGAUACAUUGCCGAAAGACAUCUGAACUGUGUAAGACAAACAGUCUGUGAAGAGGAAUUACUGUGGCUUGAUGCGAGAAUCAAGCGUCUGCAUGCCGACGUCGAAACUAAUAUGAAAAAGAAAAUGAUCAGUUAUACUGAUUCUUGGGAAACUUUGCAUAAGCUGUUGAAGAGCAACAAACUCGAUACCAUUUCGAGCACCGCCAUUAGAGAGCAUAUCUGCACGAUGGCUUCGAAGAUCGAAUCCUUGAGCAGAGAGAACAUCGUUUUUGCGAAAUAUUUGGCUUGCAACAGCACUAUCCUACGAGAUAUAGGAAUCACCGAACCAACAAGUACUCACUUGAGUAACAUCCGAGAAUAUUUACUGCACUACAGCUUGAACAAUUUACGAUACUGCUGCUCACAAGACACGACUAAGCUCGGCGAGCACUAUUGCACCCUAGCCAAAUACUGUUACGGCAGACUGAACACCGAACCAGAGAACGACGAGAUUUUCCACGAUUUUUUGUCGUCCACUCUGAAAUCCAUGUUUUACGAUUAUCUCGAGGCUAUGCAUUACUUUCCCUGCUUGUUGAAGCCUGAACGGUUUAAGGACGAACAGACACGAAAUACAUUUGUCGAAGAAUGUGCAAAGCUGCGGCCGUGGCUGUUUCUGCGUUGGCGAGAUCUGCUCUUCUCUUUUCUAGAAACACCGUUCAUCAACCGUUCAACACCGUCAAUCGCAAUCGCGAUUAUACCGAUUGUGCACAGGCUCGCCGAAACUUAUCCCGAUGCGGUCGUGUACACGUAUUACCUUACCAUCGAGAGAAACCCCAGUAUUCUUCAGAACGAAGAAAUUCAACGGAUACGCAAACUCUUGGGCGAUAAGGCGGAAGAGUAUGAACGGUUUUUGCAGGCGAUACAGUAUGUGGUGCAACCAAAACUAUAUCUAAAACACUACCUCGACAACGCAAUAAAGGAUCUGUCUCAAGGGAAAAUGACGGCUAUCAAGUCAUUAUUGGAAAAAGUAUAUCCGAAUUCUAGCACACACGCGGCAGAAGAAAAGAAUCCGCAGCCAGGCGAUAUUUUCGGAAAAGAAAUCGCGAGUUACGAAGAGAAGAUAAGAGCAUUGGCUCAUGAGGAUCUUGAUGCCGCGCGAAAAGAGAUACUAAAACUUAAAGAAACGUUGAAUGAAUCCCUUUGGAAGCAUAUGAAUAAGAACGUGAUAUAUACAAACAAGUUGAGUAAGUUAAAAGAUUAUAGUCCCUUUUUACAUAAGUAUGUCGGCAGCAGUAGCGACGGUAUCGAGAUACCCGGGCAAUACACCGGCGAGAAAGAACCUGAGCCGCGUUAUCACGUAAGAAUCGUACGGUUCGAGCCGCAGGUAGAGGUCAUGCAAUCGCUGCGUAAGCCGAUUCGCAUCAGUAUAGUAGGCGACAACGGCAAGGAAUAUAAAUUCCUGGUGAAGUUCGGUGAGAAUCUAAUAGUCGACCGGGGUCUGCAACAGUUAUACUCCACUAUGAAUAGAACACUGCGCAAUGAUCCUGACUGCAGACAGAGGCGCUUAGCUAUUGACACGUACGAGGUGAUCCCGUUGUCGAGCUCGUUUGGUCUUAUACAAUGGAUUGACGAUACGAAAUCCCUAGAUGAUCUGAUACGGUUCACCUUAUCAAAUAAGGAGAAAGAAUGCUGCAAAAUGAUUCGCGAUGAAUAUGCGGGAUGGAUAAACAACGCAGCGCCCAUGAAACAGCGAAUCACCGAUCGAUAUAAGGAAGCCGUGUCCAGGUACAGCCAGCAGAUGGUCAUGGAAAAUAUGAAGAAGCUGAUCAGCAAGACGAGGCAAACAGCUCUGCGCGACGCAUUCGAAACUAUCAGCUCAUCUCCGGAGUGCUUCGUCACGUUGCGACGUAAUUUCGUCACGAGUUACGCGACCAUGUGCACGGCGCACUGGCUCGCAGGGAUUGGCGAUCGCCAUUUGCAGAACACUCUGGUACAAGUCGCAACCGGACGUUGCAUGGGCAUCGAUUUUGGCUCUGCUUUCGGUAGCGGCAUACGCGCGCCGAUACCGGAACUCGUGCCGUUCCGUCUGACACCACAAAUCCUCGAGUUAUUGCAACCCUUCACCGAGCGGGAUUUCCUGGCGACGAUUAUGACCCACGCGAUGCGAGCUUUGCGCAAUGAUCAAGGUCCGAUUCUCGCUUGCAUGGAUAUUUUCGUUCACAAGCCUAUCCAACGGUCAUUCAGCAUCAACGAUGACGAGAUAAUGAAGGAUGAUAACGAUAUAGAUUUAAUAUGGUCGUCCAAGAGAAAUAUCGAAAUAGUUGCAAAAAAAUUAAAUGGAAUUCAUCCAUCAAUCAUCACGUUGGAGCAUUUGAAAGAAGCGCAUAACGAUGAAUAUUUUGCGAGAUAUUGCGCCAUUGUCACCGGCAAAGACGAACUUAAACAAGCACGAUCAGACCCCUGUAUAGGAAACGAUCAUUUGACACCAGCGCAGCAGGUAGUUUUUAUCAAAAUUUUUGUUUAUAUUUUAAUAUUAAUUAUCGAUCAUAUUUCAGGUGGACUGUUUGUUGGAUCAAGCGAAAGACUUAAAUAUCUUGGGCCGCAUGUAUGCAAAUUGGCAAUCUUGGCUGUGAUACUAUAUAUAAUUUUCAUAAAAUAUGAGAUAUAUUGACAAUUUAAAAAUAAGUACAGAAAUCAUUCAGGGAAUUUUAAUAGAACUUAUUUUAUAUAUUUACAGAUAAAAUAACAGGCUAUUUCAAUUUUUCUAUUAUCUAUAUAAAUUAAAAUUAUAGAUAAUUAUAAAGAUAUGUAGAAUAUACAUAUGAAAAAUGAUGUUUAUGAUUCUGUCUAUUAAUAUAAAUAAAAUAUUUUCAAUACUAUAAUAUUUAUGCAACUAGUGCGGUAAACCGCCUUCGGCUCGUGUGUCCAUAUCUCGCACUUACGGGCAAUAGCUGAUCCGCACAUGUUGCAUACAAUAUUUUUUGUUACCUGUGCGUCGAAAUAUUGAUCCUUUUGUGUGAAAUGACACGUGAGAAAAGGACCCUUUUUCAUGCACUGGUAGCGAAAACAGUAUGUUAUGUAUAUUAUAAAAUUUAACAAACAUAGGUAUUUUAUUAUUCGUAACUAUAUAGGAUAUCUGACAAGUUAGGAUUUGGCAGAAAACUGUUAUAAUAUUAAAAUAGCAAAACGCAUUUAUAUGAUUCUUAUAUUAAAAAUCAAUAUAUAUUUUUAUUUUUGACAACUCUGUGCGUGCGUGUAUGUGUGAAUGCAAUCGUGAAAUAUUUUCUAUACCUUUUUGAGUCAAGGUUUAUUAGAUUUUGAAAUGUUGAAUUAUAGAUUUUAUAUGUCUAUUUAACAGAAAUUAUAUUACAAUUGGGUAAAACCACCAAAAGAACACUUUAUGUAAAAAAAGAAAAAAAUAUUAAUUUCAGAUUUUUCAAAUUUUAUUUGCAAAGUUAUUUAA